AUGACCAUCACGACGACCACCUCCAGGAUGCCGUCCACCAAAAACACAAAUGGCGAUAUCCAUUUCCACCAAAAGGUGAAAGGGUGGUUCACGCGCAACUCGUCCAAUCGCGACCGCGCCGCCGACAAUACCACCGUCCACCACAAUGCCGGCCAUCAUGGCGCGCCGCGCUCCGACACCAAGAGCACCUUUCGCCAGACCAAGUUUUGGACCGUCGGCCGUCUGCGCAGCGCUACUACCGCUAGCGAGGGUAACCCGCUCGACAACGAGACCCUAAGCCCGACAGCCCUCGCGAACCCCUAUUUCGCCCACCAAGGCCAGCCGGGUCUGCGACACCAUAACGAGGGCUCCGUACCACCCAGCCCACCCGACACACCCUCGGUCAGUGUGAACCCACCCGACGAUGAGGACACCAACGGCAACGAGAAGGCCGCCGCUGCCACCGCUGCCCGCAAGGAGGAGCUCGCGAGGAAGUUGCGGAGGGUAGCCAGCGCCCCGAAUGCCCAGGGCCUCUUUGCCAAGGGCGCCAAGGGUGACGGCAGCAGCACGGACGACGAGCGGCCCGCCACGGCUGAGAUGGGUAAAGAGCCGCUCGAGGAGGGCUCAGGUCCCAAUGCGCUGGGCUUCGCCGAUGGCACGGGCAAGGCCACAUCCGAGGGCGGCCUUGCACCGCCCGACGCCGACGGCCUCGGCUCGCUGCCACCGCCGCCGACCCAGUCAGCCCUCGCGUUCCGCAGGACGUACAGCUCGAACUCUAUCAAAGUCAGGAAUGUGGAGGUCGGACCGCAAAGCUUCGACAAGAUCAAGCUGAUCGGCAAGGGGGAUGUCGGCAAGGUGUACUUGGUGAGGGAAAAGAAGAGCAGCAGGUUGUAUGCCAUGAAGGUGCUGAGCAAGAAGGAGAUGAUCAAGCGGAACAAGAUCAAGAGGGCGCUGGCGGAGCAGGAGAUUCUGGCGACGAGCAAUCACCCGUUCAUUGUGACGCUCUACCACUCGUUCCAAUCCGAGGACUACCUCUACCUGUGCAUGGAAUACUGCAGCGGCGGUGAGUUCUUCCGUGCGCUGCAGACGCGGCCGGGGAAGUGCAUAUUAGAGGAGGACGCCCGGUUUUACGCGGCCGAGGUGACUGCGGCGUUGGAAUACCUACAUCUGAUGGGUUUUAUUUACCGGGAUUUGAAGCCAGAAAACUUUGAUCUCUCAAAACAAUCUGACCCCGGCGGCAAGCCGACCAUGAUCAUCGGCAAGAACGGCACGAGCUCGACGUCACUCCCGACCAUCGACACCAAGUCGUGUAUCGCCAACUUCCGGACGAAUUCGUUCGUCGGCACCGAGGAGUAUAUUGCGCCCGAGGUAAUUAAGGGAAGCGGGCACACGAGUGCCGUCGACUGGUGGACGCUGGGGAUUUUGGUCUACGAGAUGCUUUAUGGCACGACGCCGUUCAAGGGCAAGAACCGUAACGCGACGUUUGCCAACAUCCUCCGCGAAGACAUUCCCUUCCCAGAUCACGCGGGGGCGCCGCAAAUAUCAAAUCUCUGCAAGUCCCUCAUCCGCAAGCUCCUCAUCAAAGACGAGAACCGGCGGCUAGGCGCGCGCGCGGGGGCGUCGGACAUCAAGACGCAUCCCUUCUUCCGCACGACGCAGUGGGCGCUCAUCCGGCACAUGAAGCCGCCGAUCGUGCCGCACCAGGGCCGCGGCAUCGACACGGUCAACUUCCGCAACGUCAAAGAGAGCGAGAGCGUCGACAUCAGCGGCUCCCGCCCCAUGAAGGGCGUGCCCCUCGAGAGCGGCCUCGCCACUCCCGGCGCCGAAACCCCGGAUCCGUUUGAGGAGUUUAACAGUGUGACGCUGCAUCACGAGGAGGAGUGGAACCAGGGGGGGAGGAGUUGA